CAGGCUACAGCUGUUCAUUUUAACUCCGGAAUGAUUCUCUGAGCUACUUGUGGGCAAGCCAGUGCCAUUAAAUAAUGUUAUAAACCUUGCGCAACAAAGUGGCUUCGUCAAAUGCCUCACUCUUUCGUCAUUGCAAAAUUUCUUCCUCAGCGUUCAGCUAAUUGGACAUCGUACUAUGGGCUUGAAAAAGCUGCGUCCUUGAAAACUCUUCCUUUCCUAGCGUUGCGUGUCUCACGAACCGACGUUGGGAUGCAGGAUCUGGGCCGUCAAGGACAAUUUCUGUUUGCGAUAUCCUCCGGAAAGCCAACAGGAGUGAAUGAUGGGGUCAUAGAAAGGAAGACGUUGCACGUUGAACCUUCCUUGCGCCCUAGUGGGCGCACUCUCUACGUUCAUACUUUUCCGAGGCUUCUUGAGGAUGCGCAAUUCCAAAUCUCGCCAGUGACCGUGCCUCACCUCCCGCAUCGACUCGACGAAGCUAGUUUCCUCCUCGCCUUCUGUGGUUCAGUCUUGGAAAUUUACGAAUUCCUGAAGUGCGCAAAUGAUGCGCACUCGUCCGGUGGAAGCGAGCCCGUGGAGGAUGGGUGGGAUUCGUGGAGUGGCAAGUCGCCCUACGAGUAUGAGCAUGACCGAGGGGCAACAUUCAUAUAUCAAGAUUUACUACUGUAUAACCAACUUGCUGCAGACUACUCAUGGAUGGGUAUCACCGCUGCCGUGAAAUGGGCUUUGAAGUCAAGGGAUCAUUAUCAUGCGUAUAGGGUCCGACGAGGCGGCGCGCUGCUGCUGCCAGGUUAUUCGUUUGUCGAGAAUUUUGCCGACCUUCGAUGCAAGCCUCAAGGCACAUGCUGUAACUCUCUGGUCGAUGAAGAUUCCUUUGACGGUGACCCCCCAGUUGCUGACAACGCAUCGGAAACGGAAGAAGUGGACUGGGAUGAUGGGCCCGAUGUCGACCUCGAGUUUAUCCCGAACUACAUGCCUCCCGUGCCCGCCCCAUCCACUAGAGCAAUCGCCUUUGAUAUAUUUGGCACCAUCUUGGAUCAUCAUACUGACGCACCCUAUAACGACAUCGUGCGGCACGCUCUGCAGGAUGUCUGCACUGUUCUGGAAGCGCCGCCCAGUGAAGCGGUUCUCCAGGAAGCUAUACAGACUAUCCUGCAACCUGGUUUAUAUGCCGAUGCAGAAGCAGCUGUGAAGACGCUCCUGAUCCAGGGUUAUGUGCUGGUCUGUCUUCCGAUCCCGGGCGUGAAAUCAUUUUUACUUCCACAACUUCCAUCUGGUCUUACUUUGCAUGAUCAACCUGCACCUCUUUCGGAUCUCUUUGGCCAAAACCACUCCAUAUUUUCGGACCUCUUGGAGCGCUGUCGUUUGAAAUUGACAUCUAGUCGUUACCGAGUGAUGGAACCAGCAAGUAUGGCGGGUUUCCCAACCAUUUUGGUUCAACGUCCUGGAUCGGUCGACGGACUACAAGGUUUACAAAUGCAGCUACAAAAUUUAGAGCGCACUCCAACUCACGUCAAAGAAUUCCGCGUUUGUGGCAUUCAGCUUAUAUGCUUUGACAUGACAGGAAAUGUGUCAAGUGCUUGUCACGUUCUCACCGGCUCGGAGGUUGCAAUCAAAAUGGAGGUCCCGUCCGACUCACCGACCGCGACUGUCGUGUUGCCUUACGAAGCUCUAGUUGGUAUUGAUCGAGGAUCCCAUAUCUUGAUUCUCGAUCAAGUAGGUGCGAAUCUUCAACAGCUUCGAAGACUCUGCAGGGGCGAGCUCUCUCUGAAGACAGUAGUUAUGCUCGCUAUCGAAAUGUUGGAUCGAAUUGAAUUUGUACAUUCACGAGGGGUCAUCCUGCGUGACAUCAAGCCUGAAAAUUUCGCGAUGGGCGUUGGGGAGAACUCUCACGUCGUCUAUCUAUUCGACUUUGGUUUGGCGAAGCUUUACGAUCUUGAAGCGUUGGGCAACGUGCUACUAUUUCUUUUGCAUGGACGUCUGCCUUGGCAAGGCGUCUACUCACCAAGCCUCGAGGCCAAACUACUUCGAAUGGGGGAAAUGAAAGCUGGUUCAGCAUUUCGCGACCUCCUUACGCGCUCACCUGUGGAGUUUACUACGUACUUCGAUCACUGCCGUGGUUUAAAGUUUGAAGAUAAGCCAAACUAUCUUUUGCUAAGACAAACUGGUGGACGGAAAAACAGCAGGUUUGAUUGGGAGGAUGGAAGUUCCCGCAAAGGUGUGCUGUUACCUGACGAGUAUAAAUUAGAUAUCCGAUUUACAAAAGACGAUGUGUCCACGCUACAAACUCUCACAUCGUCCAUCUAUUUGACUUACAUUUGGUGAAGUUUUACGUCGACCCGUCCACAGGAACACAUACUAUGAUACUGUCCUGCGAAUAGACCCCCGCCAUAUUCGAGCUAAAAUGCACAUUUUGGACGAGGUUCGUUAUGAACCACCUAAAUUAAUUCACCUCUCGCAUGGCCUUC